GCGCUCGAGAUUCUGCUCGACGACACUUCCGCAAUUCGGUCUCGAGUUGGACAUCUCUAGCCUAAGUACAUCCGGGUGAGUGCUCUGACCUUGGUUGGCUGUCAUCAUGGCGGCUGUCGUUAGGUUGAAUUUCGCGUGUCGCAGAGGACUUAAGCCUCUGUUCCUCCGAAGCACUUUGCUGGCCAGGCCGCUGCUUGUAUCUCACAAAUGCCAGGAGCAUCCCUACCAGCUGACAACAAGGAUUAAUGCUUUGCACGUGGACUCUGUCUCCAAAGCUGCUUCUCGGCACUGGACAGCAGAGAGAGCACUGAGUGUCUUGUUGCUUGCCAUGGGACCUGUAGCCUAUUUCAACCAUGGCCCAAUCGUGGAUUUCUCACUGGCUGCUGCCCUGACACUGCAUGGACACUGGGGUGUAGGCCAGGCAUUGACGGACUAUGUUCAUGGGGAUGCUAAGGUCAAGAUUGCCAAAACAGGUCUCUUCCUACUGUCCACAAUCACCUUUUCAGGUCUUUGCUACUUCAACUACAAUGAUAUUGGCAUCUGCAAAGCCAUUGCUCUUCUCUGGGGCAAAUGAACAUUACUGAGAGCUGGGAAGCUGGAAUCAGAGUUGUUUCAACUUGUUGUUGUCUCAAUCUUAUAAAUGUAUAACUCUUACUAUUAAAAUGAUUCCUUGAUAUGUCAUUCUAACUGAAGAUAAGCUCUGUCUUGGUGUCAAUAUAUUUAUAUUUGGGUGAUUAGCUUUUGCUCACUUGAAUAACUUUUAUUCACUUUGAAUUAAAGUGGACUUCCUCCAUAAUUUUAUCAAAAGUAACAAAGUAACAUGUCCAGUCAUGUAAUAUCACUAGCAGCUCUAUUUGAAAUUCAUAUUUAUGGAAUACAAAUAAGUAAAAAAUUACAUCAGUUUUGGCUCUUUUUGCAGUUCAUGUUUUUAACCCUAGAGUGACAAAGCUACAGAUUUAGAUAGUAUAAUGUAUGUGAGCUUACAUACUUAUCCACAUCUACUCUGCUAAAGAUUGGCUAAAAGUAAAUGCCAGAUUUGCCGCCUCAAUUUUCAUCAUCUUCAGUCCCGGUAUGCAUCUCCUACACAAAAGCAAAAAGACUUUUACAGUGCACAGACAUUUGUGUUGAAUAACACAAACAGUUGUGGUAUGCUGUGCUCUGCCAAUCAAAACAUGAACAGAGAUGACAACAUGAUGCCCCAAUAACGUGUUAUUUAAUGAAGGACUUACAUUUUCCCUCUGUUGUGUGAAAAGGCAGACACUAAAUUAAUGAGACACUUUCUGAAAUGAAAAUGUACUUUAUUUUGGCCAUUAUAAAAAAUUGUAAGACACUUGUUAACAUACAGUCAUGGGUUAUUACUCAUUGAAUACAGCUCACAUUUAUACCAUUUUGUGUGAAAUCUGGAUUUCAUUACUACAAUAGAAUUAAUGAUCUGUAAACUCUAAAUCUCUAAACUGUUCAAUAUUGGGUAAAUAAAGACAAGGUUUUUGGUGGUGCUUGGGUGAAGCCUCA